AACCCGGGAGGCAGAGCUUGCAGUGAGCUGAGAUCCGGCCACUGCACUCCAGCCUGGGCGACAGAGCGAGACUCCGUCUCCAAAAAAAAAAAAAUUAUGAUUUUUUUAAAAUAAUGUGGCUUAAAAGUGUAACAGGACUUGGUGAGAAACGCAGAGGCUGUUAAAGUUUAUCUCCCCACCAUGUGGAAAAUAGGUUAAAUUCUGUAAAUAUUUAACUUUAACCACAAGAGGGCACAAUUGGAGAACACAAUUUUUUUGGUACUGCAGUAAAAUUGAUUACCUUUUGAAAAGUGUUCUUUUUAACCAGCUAUGACAAUAGAGUUGAAUAUUUUCACCCAUGGUUUGAAAAAGUGCCAGAAGGCCUCACCUGUAAUCCCAACACUGCCCGCCCUAAGGUGGGCAAAGCACUUGAGGCCAUGAGUUCAAGACCAGCCUGGCCAACAUGAUGAAAUUCCAUCUCUACUGAAAAUAAAAAAUAGCUGGUCGUGGUACACGUCUGUAACCCCAGCUACUGGGGAGGCUGAGGCAGGAGAAUCACUUGAACCUGAGAGGUGGAGGUUGCAAUGAACCAAAAUUGUACCGUUGUCCUCCAGCGUGGGCGUCAGAGGGAGACUGCCCCAAAAGUACCAGAAGCAUUUUUCAGGACUUCAUGUGUGUCUUGGUGAUUAUGUUAACCAAGUGUGUCCAAAAGAAAUACCCAUGAAAUGCCUCCAGAUACAAGGGGAUUAUUUGGUUUUUUAUCCCAUAAAGCUAAACUGCAAAUACUACCCUAGAAUUAACCUCUUGUCCUGUGUCAAAGUCUUGUUUUGCAUCUGGAUUGUUAAACUCAGCUUCCCUGUGACAGUCUCAAACUGUCAGACAUUCUCAAAGUUCAUAGCCAAGGUGAUCUGUUACCUUCCCCAUUUCCAGGGCCAAAUCUCAGUUCUUAAGCACAUCAUUUGUUAGCACGGCUUUGUUUUCAUGCUCUUUAGUUCUCUAUUUUGUGCAGCCUUACCCGCUUUAAAGUCCACUGUGAGUCCUACCCUGCAGACCCUAUUAACACAGUAGAGUUCAUGUGCUACUGAUUUGGUGCCUGCCUUCAAAUAACAUCUGCAGGUUUUGUGGGGUUAAAGAUAGCCACUUGCUGGAACACCACAUUGGAAGUGCUGUUCACCCGGUUAUUUGAAACGGUGUUUGACCACUUGGUGUGGAAAUGGCCUAUCGGAUUAAAGGAUGGCCAAACCCAAGAUUUCUUCAGGUUCUUUGCCGCUCCAUGGAUCUAAUUUAGAAAUCCUGAUCAUUACUCAUGAAUCAAGGUGUUCUGAACAGGCAUCCUUCUUGCAGCUCGUCGCCCGCGGAGUGGCCAGGUUACGGCGGGCGCCGGAAGGGGGCGCAUCCCUCGCCUUUCCCCAAUGUGGCGGGCAGCCCCGUCUCCCCGCUCGGUUUCCGGGAGUCGGUGGCGAUGGCGUCAUCACCGAGCGCCGGGCCGACGGCAGCGCGGAGGUCGGCUAUGUGACCGGGAAACAUGCUGAGCCGGCUUCAGGAACUGCGCAAGGAGGAGGAGACGCUGCUGCGGUUGAAGGCAGCCCUGCACGACCAGCUGAACCGCCUCAAGGUGACCCCGCGGCCCUCUCCCGUUCCUCCUCCAUUCCUCCCGAGCGACCCCCCAGCCUGGGCCUCUGCGGUGCAAACCCCCCAACCUCGGCCUCUGCGGUGACCACCUGCUGCGGUGAAAUGCACAUCUGAACAGAGACAGGCAUGGGAAGGAGGCCCGAAAGCGACAUGGCAAACCACUGGGCAGGGGACUCGCUCUUUGCUGCUUCCUAAGCACUUAGACGCCAGCAGCAUGGGUUGGUGUGCUGGGCUGGUGAAGGCCGAUGGUGGAGCAGAGCCAACCUGCAAAAUCCACUUCCUCAGCAUCAGAUCUCUUGAUAAAAGCAUGAACCUGCAUGUAAGGAAACGAGAGAACGUGGUGUUAAAAAGAAACAACAACAAAAACACCCACCAGGAAGGAAAAUCCCAAGAGUUUCAGGUCUAGAGCUUGUGCUACACUUGGAAGGAGCACCUGGCACCUGCCCCUAAGCAGCAGUGGGGCCAACUGCAGGUCCAAAGACCCGCUCCAUCAGUCACAGCAGCUGUGAGGCCUUGGGCAAGUCACCUCUCUUGCAGUAUGGACACAGUAACUCUGCCUUAAAUGCCUCACAGGCUUGUUAGAAGGGACAAAGAAAAUGAUGGACUUAGUGCAUAUUAUACUAUAUGCAUAGUCUGGCUCUCCACAUAUUUACAGUAUUACUUAGCUAAUCCCACUGCCACCAAACGAAACAGCAGGCGGAGAGUGACUCAGGAAGGAGGCUGAAUGUAAGGUGAGGCAGUCAGUAUUAGGGAAAGGCCCCAUUCCCAUGAAGGGGGUGGGCUGGCCUUUUCUUUCCCAUGGCCCCCUAAGGCCUUUCUCUGGCAUGCUUACUCAGGCUGCAGGGGUCACCCCAGCUUUCCCUUAAACUGAUGGGAGGGCAGAGGAGACUGCUGUUUGGCAUUCUGCAGCCCCAGGUUCAGCUGGACCACAGUAGGCAGGGAAUGAAUGGGCUCUGGAAGUACUGCACAGGUGACUGACAGAACAACAAAUGAAUAAACAGGUACUGUUAAGAAUCUGGAAUAAAUGGACUCACCAUGAGUUGCUUCAAA